ACAUAUUAGAUUCACCGAGCCCCACUCCUCCUGGAGGAGGCGGAGGCGUUGUCGGUGGUGACAGGGCAGAAGGAGACCUCAGAGAGCGACAGGUUGUCCAGGAGCUUUGGUUUAUUGUGGUGAUGGCCUCCAUCGCCCUGCUGCUUCUGGCCAUCCUGCUAGGAGUCAUGCUUCAUAGGGCCCUGAAUAAACCACCCCUGACGAGGGAGAGACCUCCUUUAACUGCCCUCCCCAUGCAGAAGAGGAGUCCCAUGGCUGUGUACCCACCCAGCAACUCUGUCUUGUUUGACACGGUGCCUGACACCACCGCCUUCUCCAGCAGUGUGACCCUAAAGCGCUUCUCCAUGAAGAUUGAGGAGAUUCUGGAGGCUAAAUGUGAGCCGGCUGAAGGGAUGGAUACAGGGGAAGAAUUGGGUGUCCUUAGUGUGAACUCUCUGCGACGCAGCAUCAGCCAAGUGAUAGACGGGAAGUCUCUCACAGGAGAUGACGAUGUUUGGGACCCGAACAUCUCAGCCCAUGACAGUGGGAUGUUUAUGGAGGAUGAGGAAUUUGUGGACACCAUCAAAGGCUUCAGCACCGUGAGAAAAGAGCACACCAUGUUCACAGACACCAACCUGUGACCUGAUGAUGAACAUUUUACCCUCACAGCUCAGUCAGGAGGCUCUAGAUCCUGACCAGAGUGGAUCCUGCAUCAGUCACUCUGAUGUGUCUAAAGGAAGAGACGCCUCAAGUGAAAGAUCCAGAGGAACAAGAAGAACAUGAGAUGGUCCUGAAAAUGAAGCAGGUGGACAUCUUUUUGUAGGAAUAUAUUAAAGACAUCCAACAGUAACAAUAUUAAUCCAACUGGAGAUAUUUACUGCCCAUG